CUGCCGAGCGCCGCCGCCGCCAUUUUGUGCUGCCGCCUCUCGCUGCGCGGCCGCAGCGCCCAGCCGGGACCUGGCGCGGCUGCGGGGGCGCCCGGGCCCGCGGCCUCGCCUGCGCCCUCGCCUCGCGCCCCGCCGCCCCGCACGGCAUGGAGGACGACGGGCAGCCCCGCACCCUCUAUGUAGGAAACCUCUCCAGAGACGUGACUGAAGUCCUUAUACUUCAGUUAUUCAGCCAGAUUGGACCAUGCAAAAGCUGUAAAAUGAUAACAGAGCAACCCGAUAGCAGAAGGGUCAACUCUUCUGUUGGAUUUUCUGUUUUGCAGCAUACAAGCAAUGACCCUUAUUGCUUUGUGGAAUUUUAUGAACACAGAGAUGCAGCUGCUGCAUUAGCUGCUAUGAACGGGAGAAAAAUUUUGGGGAAGGAGGUCAAAGUAAACUGGGCAACCACACCAAGUAGCCAGAAAAAAGAUACAUCCAAUCACUUCCAUGUGUUCGUUGGGGAUUUAAGUCCAGAAAUAACAACAGAAGAUAUCAAGUCAGCAUUUGCUCCUUUUGGUAAAAUAUCGGACGCACGGGUAGUUAAAGACAUGGCAACUGGAAAGUCAAAAGGCUAUGGUUUUGUAUCUUUUUAUAACAAACUGGAUGCAGAAAACGCUAUUGUACACAUGGGAGGCCAGUGGUUGGGAGGCCGGCAGAUCAGAACUAACUGGGCAACGAGGAAACCACCAGCCCCAAAGAGCACACAAGAAAAUAAUACAAAACAAUUGAGAUUUGAAGACGUAGUAAAUCAGUCAAGCCCCAAAAACUGUACUGUGUACUGUGGAGGAAUUGCCUCUGGGCUAACAGAUCAACUUAUGAGACAGACCUUUUCACCGUUCGGACAGAUUAUGGAAAUAAGGGUGUUUCCAGAAAAAGGUUACUCAUUUGUCAGGUUUUCAACCCAUGAAAGUGCAGCACACGCUAUUGUUUCAGUUAACGGAACCACAAUUGAAGGACACAUUGUUAAAUGUUAUUGGGGUAAAGAGUCCCCCGAUAUGACUAAAAACUUCCAACAGGUGGAUUACAGUCAGUGGGGGCAGUGGAGCCAAGUAUAUGGAAAUCCACAGCAGUACGGGCAAUAUAUGGCUAAUGGGUGGCAAGUACCAUCGUAUGGAAUGUACGGCCAAGCGUGGAAUCAACAGGGUUUUGGAGUAGACCAAUCUCCGUCUGCCGCCUGGAUGGGUGGAUUUGGUGCUCAGCCUGCCCAGGGACAAGGUGCUCCGGUAAUACCUAACCAAGCUGGAUACGGUAUGGCAAGCUACCAAACGCAGUGAGCUGGGACUCUGUUUCAAAGUGUGUAUUUCACGAUAGGCUGCAGUUUCCAGUGACGUUCUGAAGACUGGAAUGUAGACAAUGGAAAAAAAAAAAAAAGAAAAUAUUUAUUUUAAAAAUGGAAAUGUUUGGAACCUUUAGCACAGCUUUGCUUUGGUGAAGGACACAAAUGUCUUCUAGUUCUGCCUUUUUAAGUUUUUGUUCAUGAUGGAUAUGAACAUGUUUUCCUUUGUGUACAAAAAUGAAAAAUAAAGUCAAUAAAGACAAUUCUGACUACAAAUUUUGAUAUAGUAGGAGAAACGGCUGAUGGAUUUGAUCUCUAGGUUACCAUUCCGUUUUGGUUUUGUUCCAUCUUCAGUCUUUUAUAUCACUGUGCUGUUUAAGAGAGAUGGUGUUGAGAAAGAGUGAGUUGCUUUUAGUUGAAGACACACCCUGAAAUCAUCUGUGGACCAGUCGUUACACCCUGCUAGACAGUAUUGAUUUUUAAGCUCAGAAAGUUUGUGCAGGGCUCGGAAUGGGUUUUUUAAAGAGAUAUUUAAUUUUUCUACCUGCUUAAACCCAGUCUGAUGCAAAGAAUAGUUCAGUCUCAAACGAAAACCGGUACUGUUUGGGCAAUUCCACGUGACUCUUGCAGUCCACGUUCAGGCACACACUAAAGCUUUUCAGAGCUGGUUGGCUUCUUAAACCGGUAGUGUUUCGCAUUUAAUUCUGAGAAGUAAAGACCUUUUUUGCAAGUAUGUCGUUUGUUUGAAUCAAUCAGUCAUACUUGUGCUUUUACAUCACCUUUGAAGGCUACACGUUGUAAAUAUUUCAUGAUAACAGUAUUUCCAGGGCAUGCUCAAACAUAGAGGUAGCAAUGUAAUUAUUCAAAGUAAUACUUCAAACCCUCUGCUGCUUGAAAUGCAGUAGAUGGACAAGAAUGUGCGAGACUGACAUUUCUAAAGCUGGCUGUUGUGUAAAGUUACAUAAAGAACUAUAACAAAGAGCCUUAAUUUUAAUUUCAUAAAUCUUUAAUGCGUCACCUUUUUGUCAUUAGAAACAUGAAUUUUUUGCUUUACGUUAUUUGGUAUGUAAAUACCUUGGCUACCAACCUUGUUACGCCUAUUUCAAGGUGAUUAUAAGUUGUAAAGUAUCUGACUGUUUUGAAAAACCUCAAUGUUUUUUAAGUCUAGAAAUAUUUUGCCCAAGAAUUUUUUAACGAGAUUGUUAAAAACAUCUUAUUUUAGAGACUAUUCAGCGUGCCAUUUGGUAAAACGGAGAUGCAGUUGAAACAGCACACCGAGUUGUGACUUAUUUUUAAUUCAAAGUGUUUGUCUUUCCGGGUGGUUUGCAUGUGAUGAACCUGUACAGAGACUGGGUUGUUUGUGUACUGAGCGUGUCUAUGGAUAAAUCAUGGAGAUGUUGAAAUGGUAAACUUGGGUUACUCCUGGAAUCGUUUUAUGGACACAUUGAUAUAAACUGCCUCAAUAAAUUUGAAGUUGGAAAUGAAUGUUAAGUUAGAUACCAGUACCGUGUCUUGCCUGUGGCAGCUAGAGGGUGCAACCGUUCCGGCUUCCGGCAGAGAUCCGCUGAGGCGGGCACGGAUGAAAGGCUUAGGAUCGGCAGCGAUAGCUCAGUGAAGCACACUUGCAUCUUAAAAAGAAAUGGAAUGUUUGGUUUUAGAGGUUAUACUUCUCCACAAGCAUCUUGAGAAGCUGCGUAUUUUAUCUGUUCUUACCGUGCGGGUGUUGCAAGUUGAAACAGGGACUUGUUAGUUCUGUUAAACCCAGGCAGGCUUUGCAAGUAACUACACUUCACACUGUAGCAAUUCACAGGAGGAUUUUUUUAAGUCCUCUUCUGCUUGAUACACUUAAUAGUAUCUUGGCUUUUAGAUCAGGCUGAAGUGAGAGACUGGAAGAGCAGUUUAGUCAGUUGGCUCAACUGUCCCCAGAGAUGCUCGUAGCUCUGGGCUUCUGCUGCAUGUAAUAAUGACUGAUGGUGGCGUGGAGCCGUGAGUGCUUGUGAUGGCAGAAUUGACCCUUUUGUUGCCAUUUCUUCUUUAUGUAGUGUUUUUCUGCUCAAGUUAGGAACCAGGCUUGUGUUUUUCUGUAGGUGUUGUAUAUUUGUGUAUACAAUCUAUGUGAGGAUUGGCCUGUACAUUCUAGUUUGGAAAGAAGGUCACAAGUAAGUCUGCGUUUUUUGCUACGCUUACCUGGUUUAAAAAGGAAUUCAUGAGUCAGUAGAUACCUGCACUGCAAGUUAUGUCAGUAGUUCUUAGACUUCACCUGAAAUCUGGGGUUUCUAUGUAAUUAUAGGAGUUUGACAUGUGAGUGUGUUCUGGAUGCGUGCUGGUGGGUGAGCAGUGUGUUCUUUAGGCACUACUGACGGUGUCGGUGGUGCAAGUACUGUUUAAACGAGUGUCGAAUGAAGGCAGUGAUCUUUCAAUCUCAAUAUGUAGAUCACCUUAAAUCCGAUUCUUUAAUACGCCUUCUGCAGAGCUGGGCCAUACCUGACCUGCGUUUCAGGAUGAAAGAUAGGAGAUAUUCUUAUCAAUUUAGUCUUGUUGGUUUUUUUAUACAGCUUUUCUUUAACAAUGAUAUUUCUUCGCAGACUGCUCAAGGCCUGGAUUCUCCAGUGUUCUUUAAUGUUUCUGUAGCGCUGCGAGGAAGAGUUGUAAUUCGGAUUGCUUCCUACUGAGUAGCAUUCCUAAAUGCGUCACUGACCAUUUUUUGGCACCAAAGAGCCUCUUGCACCGUCCUGCUUUUCUGAGUGACUGUUCCACUGUUGUAACUUCCCCAACUACAGAAAUCAACCACUACCCUAACCCCUCACUGCUAGGAUUGGAGUUGAAAAAGUGUGGAUUUAUCAUGGCUCGAGUUGAUGCAGGCAACCUGAGGCGAGGUUGCAAUUUGCAGCUGCAGAAAGCGUUCAAUAAAAGCAAAACCUGCUAAAGGGCUUCUCCUGUAUUGUCAUCUGUCAAAGCAUUGUCUCUGCCAGACAACUGACCACAGGCACACGUGCGACUGAACUUGUAAACCAUGCACUUCUGAGUCUGUAAAAGGUGUUUUAUUUAUAAUUUUUCAUACAAAACUAUUCUGUAUUUUGCCAAGUUGCAGUAGCGAGGCUGUAAAUCUGAGGUUACACGUAGCUUUUCAUCAGUCCUGCCUCCUUGUGUACAUUUAACAGUUUCCAGGCAUACUUCUCCUGCAGAGCCUUCUUGCUUACUCAGAUAACUUGGAGAUGGCCCUUCGCUGUACCGGAACCACCUCCUUCAUUUCAAAACAUCUUGCAGUGAGUAAGGCUUAGUUUUGCAGAAAAUCGGUGAUUUUUGUCUUGUGUUUGUACCCAAGGACACGGACUUAAACUGUAUGGACAGGAUUGGUGCCUGAUACUUUUCGUAAUGACCUGACAGGGUUUGAACAAGGGCACCAGUCUGUGUGAACCCUGUGGAGCUGUUUCCUGGUCAGCAAUAAAAGCCCCCGUUGCACUGUUGGUACAUCGAGAGGUAGAGGCCAUCUGUUCAGUGUACUUCCAAAUAACAGAUGGGGUUGGUGAAGAACUGCCUGGUUCCAACUUAAAUUCUCACAUGGAGAUAGUGUUUGAGGUCUGGAUUGCUGCUGGAACAGCAAAAGGAAGUUGCUCUUCUGAAACUGAGUGAGUUUAUUUGUUCUGACAGGUAGAUUUAAGGGUUUCGUGGUGUAGUAAUGUUUUUGCUUGUAAAAAGGUGACUGCAAGGUGAUAGCUGCAAAAUAAAUACAAAGGUAUUUGUGUUUUUCAGUAUCAUAUGGAUAAAAUCCUCUCCCCACCUUUGCUAUUACUUCAAAGCAAAUGCUGACAUGUUUACCGAAUGCUUUAGUUCACAAAGAAAUGGGGCUUUAUCCUGCUAAGUGAACACUGGUUCUGUGGCCUUUCUGAGGCUGGAUGCUGGUGUGGAUCAGGGAUGGGAAUGACACACUCGGCUCACUGACAUGUCGAGGAUGGUGACUCAAAGUUAAUAUGACAUGGGUAACAAUUAUUUGAAUACAAGUUAUUCUUGCUGAGAUACGCAACCCCUUGUGCUUUGAUUAAAGCCAAUCUGAAUCUUGGUUAUUAAAGCGUUCCUGACAUGCUGUGGAAAGAAGCUUUGUUUUACCUGUGCCACAGGGCUCGAGCUGCCAGUGAGAGCCCAGAGCUGUCUGACGGCUUUCUUUUUGUUGAGAAGCACAACACUUGAUGGAGUUAAUGUCGGGGAAUUCAGUGUAAACUGACUUCUCUGUAGCAAGGGGUGAUAGUUUUUGAGUGUUCCUUUGAAAACAAGGGAUCAGUUGCUCUGGUUUGCCUGAACCCAGGUUCUCACUGGUCCCACACGCUCAGCAGCUGUCUUUGCCAGCUGCUUCCAGAGACGGGAGGAGGAGGAAGGGGGAAGACAGUGAGGCUGGGUGGCGUGCUGCCAGACCAGCGUGACGGACGCAGCAGCGUCAGUGCUGUGUCAGCUUACCGAACACCUCUAAAGUCAUGGCAGGCUUGCCCAGAUGCUGCAACAAUGCCCAGAGGAUUGUUCAAGCCGCAAACUUGCUUUAUCUCCUUCCUUGAAAUAAUGUUAUUUUAAUAAAACAGAGAACAUGUAACCUUUGGCCAUUUUGGUUUUGGUUCUUGAGAAAACAGAUGUACAUUGAACAGCUGAGUUGGAAUGCUGAGGCUGACUCAACAAAUGAAGAAAACUUAAAGGAGCAAACAGCGUUCAGCAUCUGGAUUUGUACCUCUGCUUAGUGUAGAUCUCAGCAUUCUGUCCUUUGCCUGCAUCGACCCUUUCGUUUGUAGAACUGAAGGGGUUAGAGAUGAGCACGGCUGCUCGUUCAGUGUCUUCCCGUUCUCUAAAUGCACAGUUUCUGGAGUGGGGCUGAUAGGAACUGGAUCAGAAUGACGGCUCCACCGCCCAAACCACUGAGUAAUGGUUAUAUUUCCUAGAUGGAACCUGUCUCACUAGAGCCAGCGCUAUUAGAAGUUGCAAUACCAUGGAUGAUGAGGAAAAGCUGCAGUCUUCCGUUUGCAUACCUGGUUCUUUGUCCUCAGUAAAUGGAGAUUUAUUGUUGGGGUUCUGUUCCAGGGGGAAUUCUCUUUGAUUUCUUUGGUUCUUUCAAUGAACAUCUUUUUAAUUCCAGGAAUGAUUGAUUUUCUUCACUGGGAGGUUAUCAAGCGCGAUGGGAAAAGCUGACUGAUACUGCUUAGUUCAGAUCUUCCUACUUAGGUGCUGAAUGUGGGGAAAAUGGUGCUCUUAGUUGUUACAAGAGCCAUUUACUUCUGCAGUCUGCCUUUGUAGAACCAUUUCUACUUGAGUUUCACUGGCACCUGACAGCAGGAGGAGGCUACGCAGAUACACCUUAGCCCCUGAAGAGGAAAUCAACUCCUUGGAGCUGCUUUGAAGUGCCACAGCCACUGGGCUGGGUCACUGCUGCACAGUCACAUGCUGGCAACAUUUCCGCCUUGCUGCUUGCCUUGUUUUAAGUGCAAAGCUUCAGCUCUACAGAGAAUAAAUCUGUCCUGUAUAUAUGCUGAUAUUCAAGGAGGGCUGAGCUCCAACGUUAUUUCCUGCAUUCCUGCUCUGGGUACUAAUUAGAGCUUUCAUUUACAGGUAAACACUAUGGCUUUGUCAGAGAAAUUACUGUUGUUUUUAUGACUUAUUAUCUAAAACCAUGGCUAAUUUUAGGCAGACCUCAAGAAAAAUAUGAGUGUUUCUAGUGUACUGUUCAUAGGUAAAUCUUGCCUCCUACUUGGAUUUAUGUCCUCAUGGAAUAAGGAUACACAAGUACAAGAAACACCUCUCGGAUUGCUCAAAAGGGGCAUUUUCAGAAGCGAGCAUAUCACCGUCAGCUUGUAAUAGGCAUAUAACGAGACCUUGUUCUGGAAGUGUCACAGCUCAUCGAAUGGUCAGUACCUGAGCUGAGAGGACCAACGUGUGUUGCAUUUUGAAGCAGAUUAAGGCCAGUAUAUGAGGUUGUGCUGUGUCGGCGCUCGUGAGUGCAUUCCUCCGAGCAUCUUUUUGCCCUGUGGCCUUCUAGGAAACGGUAUAGAACCUGUCCACCACGAUGUUACAUGUGGAUGUUUGUCAAGGUGUGCAGUGUUGUGGUUUAAAUCCAUUUUGCAGGGUCACAGCAUCUCGCAACAAGUGUCUGAUAGAAGUUGCAAAGGUUAGAAACCAGGCAUUUCAUUGGAAUGUUUCUACAGUAAAGCCUUGCCUGGAAGGUGUUGCCUUUCCUGUCUGGCUUCUCGGCAGCAGGCAGGCACAGGGGGGAUCCGGACGUGUCCAGAUCUUCACUUACGAGGCUUCAAAUACAGGUGUUCCUUCCUUCCUAACUGUGUUCAUAGUGGAAAAUAGAUCUGGGUUGUAAGCCUGCAUUGCUCUCAUUUUCUAAAGUACCCUAUUUUGCUGUGUUCUUCGUUUUAAUUAGGUCUGUUCUAGCCAACAGCGUCGUGCUGAACCUGUCGUGCACAAGGAGCCGGACUGUUGCAUCUGGAUCCCUUUCUGAGAAACAAACGCCUGCCUCUGGGAUGGUUUGAAUGUUCCCCUCUACUGCAAAAACCUCUUCUUUAUACACAUUCUGAUAUUUACAGGUCUAUGUUGGAAGCGUGUGUGAGGUACCUUAUUUUUAUAUUUUCAGGUUGGUACAGACUCUCUGAAAACCACAAAACCUGAGGCUUCUUUACUGCUUCCUCCUGUCAGUCCCGACUACAAAUAGUCCAGAUGGGUUUAGAAGGCUUUUAAGGUUUUGAUGAUGAUUUCUUAAUUCAUUUCUAGUUGAAUAUAUGAGUAUUGCUUUUUCAAAGUUGGAUUUGUUACUGCUCUAAAACUGGUUAUUAAAACCAUUUUUCUUCAUCUCAAGUUUUAAUUUAUGGUGCUACUUUUAUUUUCUGGAAGCUCUUUUUAAAUCCUGCAAGUACCUUGGGGGGUAAAUGAAAAGACAACAUUUGCCUUUAUUUUUUGCAAUUUAAAGGCAAUAUAAAAGGAAAAUAAAGUUCCCUCACCUUAUUUCUUUUUUCUUUAUCAGAGCUGAAGAAACUCAAGAAUCACAGAAUGGUUUGGACCUCAAAGCCCAUCCAGU